CAACAGAAGAAGAAACUCACUUGUGAGACCGGAAGUAGUAGUUAGCAGCGGAGCAUGAACCGCGGUUUAUUUGAAAGUAGUUUUUAUUCGGUUUCACAGAUAAAAGAUUUUAUUUUUAUUUUGUUUUUUUGACAUUCAUUUAACAACCAAGUGGACCCAAGAUGGCCUUGCGGAGUUCAGAUGUUCAGCAGCUGGUGCGGAUUAAAGAAGAAGAGCAGAGGCCUGAUGUGGACCAGCAGGACCCAGGGACAGUCCACAUCAAGAAGGAAGAAGAGGACUGGAGCAGUCUGGAGGCAGAGCAGCUCAACAGGACAUUAACGACUGAGGCCAAUGGGUUUGACUUCACUGCACAUCCUUUYAAGAGUGAGGAUGAUGAAGAUAAACCGUUCCCACAGCUUUAUAUGCACACAGUGGAAGACAGAGAAUUUCUACCCAGCACAUCAGCUGAUCCAAUGAAAGCGUCAGCAGACGAAGAGGACUUUACAGAAAUAGAAAUCAUCUGGGAUCCAGACGGGUUGGAUUCCUUCUCUUCUGAGUUUGAGGAUCUGGAUGAAGAUGAGGAGUCWGACUCUCAGCUGAGUGACUCGUCAGACUCUCAGCUGAGUGACUCGUCAGACUCUCYGCUGAGUGACUCGUCAGACUCUGGAUCAACAUCUGAUGACAGUGACUGGAUGGAGAGCGGGGCUUCUACAUCAGCUGUAAAGACCUUCAUCAACUCUGACACGACGAGUCGUUCAACUAGUUAUUGUAAAAGGAAGCCCUCUGAAAGGUACAGAAUUGGUGUAAUGAAUACCACACCUACUUUUUUGGGAGAACACAACUAUGCAAAAGUCUUCUUAACUUUCAAUAAAAGCAAAACUUUAUAAAACACUCAAAUUAAAUGGACAUAUCAGGCAAAAUCUACUUUUUUACACUUAAAUGGAUUUUGUUGCACACUGGGAGUAUCUAUGAUUGUGAAAAAUUUGAAUUUAGUUUCUCCUGGUGUUGCAAAGAUAUCUAUGUUCUGUUUGGGUCAUGGUUUUUU